UUAGCUCAUCAGUCAAAAAAAUAUUUCGUCCCUUGCUUGUUCUUAUCGUGACGUUAUUACAUAUUCAUAGAAGAAUCGUUUUGACAUUCAGUUCAUCAAAAUAAGCUAGAAGCCAUAAUUUUUUCCUGUGAUCUUCGUAUCGGAUAAGUUUUGAGACAGUUAUUACUAAAAUUAUUAUUAAUUGUAAGUAGCCUAAUCGGAUUCCAAUGUAAUAUUCAGUGGCAUUUACUUUGUAAGAAAAUUUUGGAUAAUUUUCAAAUAAAAAUGGGGCAAAGUUCGAAAUCGAAAUAUAGUAUAAAUCCCAUAUUAUUCUCCAUGAUAUUAUGCGCUGGGAUAAGUGGAAUUAACAGCUCGGAAGCAAAUGGUAGCGGAAAAGUACUCGCCCUUCAUUCCAAAACUGGAACCCAGAUAUUCAUGGCGUUCCCACCACAGCAGCGACUAACGACCCCCACAGUUAUACCUUCUCCUCUAGACGCCAGCUCCAUCGCCACUCUUUUCCGCGACAAUAAAACUGCAACGCAUCAUAUGAGUGUCAUAAUUUCUCCUUCAUCGUCAACCCCACUUGACCCCCAAGCUCUCGCUGGAUCAGAGACAGCACGGAAUGGUAAUGCUUCAAGUUUCGUUGUUCAUCGUGUCCAUCAUCAACCAAGAACUCCUCUUCUUUACAAAUAUUUACCCUUCCUACAAAAGACGCCCCCAACUAACUUCCGACACCCAGCAAUCCAACACAAUCCGAAUAAUCUUAUCCAGACUUCACCCACAAUGAGAACGGUAACAAGGUGGAAAAUUACCAGGCCGGAUGGCAGCCUCGUUGUGGAAGAUCAUGCCUCUGAAAAAGGUAAAGCAGUGACGGUAACGCCAGAAAUUUCAAAUCCUCCCGCGCAAACAUCGUCGUCUUUGGUGCCUGAAGCUACUUCCUCUGUAAAAGCUCAGUCUCCGUCACCCCGUCCUCACACCCGCCGUCGACCUCCUUCUUUAAUCCAACGGUAUCGUCACUUGGUUCGCGAAACGCAUGCAAAAUUUGAAGCCGAGCAGAUCCGCAUGAACAAUAAACUAAAAAAUCCAAACUAUUAUAACGAUCCAUUCGCUCCACGUCCUGAUCAUCAUCAUAAAAAUAAGAAACCAUAUUUUACGUUCGGCCGUCAGAAUCAAUUUCGACCACAUAAUAAUUCAACAUAUUCCUUCCGAGAACAUGACCGAUCAGCGAUAACAACUCCGCUACCUCGUCGCCCUUCUCCUCCUACACCUUCCAUCGUACCGAAGACCAUUGUAAAUUACGUCAAAUAUCCAACAUUCGAAGAUUACGUGGCACAGUUUGUUCCCACAACGACGACCCCACCCCCAAAAAUGCAAGUUGAGGAACAAAUUCUUGACGCUGUCACGGGGGAAGGACAUGACAUUUCUGUGCCCACAGACAACAAUGUUCAUCCUUCAUCUUCCAUCAUACAUCAAAAUUUUCAGUAUCCACCUGCACUAGGACGGUAUCGAAAUUAUUUUCCUCAUGCGAACUCCCAUAGCUACGCCCCCCAAGGUCUGAUGUCUCAUUCGAUACUUCCAUCAUAUCCACGUCCUGGUCAUGUCGAGAUACCUAACUCGAAAAUGGACAGCGUAAUAUAUAAAGAACCUCAAACAGUAAUUCACCAUCCUACUGUUUACAUUACAAAUGAUGCUGGAAGUGCCAUCUCAACUGGACGACGCCGCCGUCCAUCGAUAUUUAAAACGGUUAAGAAUUUUAUACCGGCGCCAUUUUUUAAGGGCGAAGAUAUCCCUUUGUUUAAAGGUUCUGAUCUUCAUGGACUCGUUCAGCCAGUAGUAACGGUAAAUCAUCCCCAACCUAAAUUUUUCUCCAAUGUUGAAAAAUCUGUUGAUACAACUUGGAGCACGAGAAAAGCCUUACAAUCCGACAUUGCGAAAGUUCUCACAUCCAGGCUAAGAUUAGGAGGAACAAUUGUACGGACAGGGACCGAGAUCCUAUCAAAUGUUAUCGAGGCCACUGCAGCACUUAAAAAAUAAUGCAUAUUUAUUCUCCAUAAUUUAUUAAACAUUUAUUUAUGGUUCAUUUGUAUACAAAUAUCUUAAUAAUCCUAAUAUCAUUACUAUAUUAAAAAUUUGACUUUUUAGGUGGUUAAUAUUGAUUUUCCAAAUUAUUGUCAUAUUCGGAUAAAUAAAUUCUUAAAAAAAAGCUUAGGUGAGGCUUGCUUAAAAGGGGAAAACAAGCUGUUAUCAUCGUGUACUAAAAUAAUGUGGUGCAUCGGUGUUUAUCCCUGGAUUUAUCAUUUUCGGUAAAUAUCCCAACAACAUAUGCACUAGGGACCAUUUGCCUCACCGCGGGCCGUGAUAAAUUGUUUAAUCGAAAUAUACCCUCUUGAUGAUAUAUUGAUAUGAAAAAUUUGCAAUAAUAAAACUUCGCCAUUAUUAGAUUAUAAUA